AUGUUGAGCACGAUAGUCCCGCUUUGCCUAUUGCUAGCUCUAGUGGCAAGCCAGGGAUUCCAGGAUCACGAGGAGCUGCGCCAGUUCUUCGGAUUCGAAAUUGCUGACAACCAAAUGGUCCAACUUGCGCCGCCAACCCCGAGAACUCGACCGCUGUCUACCGAACAAAGUCGUGGCCAUGCCAUGCCGCCCGGAAUUCGACCACCCACAAAGCUAGCCCGACUAUUGAAUGACGACGAGUUGAGGACGAAGAUUGGGUUCAACAAUCGACACGGCAAACGCGUACUCGGCAUCUCCAGGCGAAAACCGGAAGUGGAGCUGCGCGAUCGGCUU